AUGGGUGGUGAUACUGGAAGCUGGUUUUGUGCACUCCAAGUGUGGAGGAAAUGGGAGAGCCCUAGUCUAGGAGACCGGGCCUCAAGUGCCCUGCAGACUGCUCGCUUGCCUCCGCUCAUGGUUACUUGGCACCUGUGCUUGGGGAAGCGUCCAAUGGAGUGGCAGAGGCUCAAUGCCAUCCAUUCAGACAGCUUUCUGAAUGCCGGCAGCCAAGAGAACAUCAGCUGUGCCUACCAUACCAGUCCGGUGUCUUCUGUUUUCCUCUCUUUACUACCUCCGCCUCUUUCCCAAGACACAGGGAAAUUUAACAGAGGGGAGCGUACCGUGUGGGCAGAACGCUGGGGAGGAGAGUUUAAAUUAAAAGGCAACAUUUACAUUGUAGAUGCGAAAGACCAGAACCUGUUGUCUCCAGUGAACUGCUGGUAUUUGCUCCUGAACCAAGUAAGGAGAGAAAGCAAAGACCAUGCAACCUUGAGUGACAUCUAUCUGAACAAUGUGAUUAUGCGGUUCAUGCAGAUAAGUGAGGAUUCUACCAGGAUGUUUAAAAAGAGCAAAGAGAUUGCAUUCCAACUUCAUGAGGAUUUAAUGAAGGUUCUUAAUGAGCUUUAUACGGUGAUGAAAACAUACCAUAUGUAUCAUGCAGAGAGCAUCAGUGCAGAGAGCAAGCUGAAAGAGGCUGAAAAACAAGAGGAAAAGCAAAUUGGAAGAUCUGGUGAUCCAGUCUUCCAUAUUCGACUAGAGGAGAGACAUCAACGGCGAAGCUCUGUAAAGAAAAUUGAAAAAAUGAAAGAAAAAAGACAAGCAAAAUAUUCGGAAAAUAAGCUAAAAUCAAUUAAGGCACGGAACGAAUAUCUCCUAACACUUGAAGCCACCAAUGCCUCAGUUUUCAAGUAUUAUAUUCAUGAUCUUUCUGAUUUAAUUGAUUGCUGUGAUCUUGGCUACCACGCAAGUCUGAAUAGAGCCCUAAGAACAUAUCUCUCUGCGGAGUACAACCUUGAAACCUCCAGACAUGAGGGCUUAGACAUUAUUGAGAAUGCAGUUGAUAAUUUAGAGCCCCGGAGUGAUAAGCAGAGAUUCAUGGAGAUGUACCCUGCUGCGUUCUGUCCACCAAUGAAGUUUGAGUUUCAGUCUCACAUGGGUGAUGAGGUGUGCCAGGUCAGUGCCCAGCAACCAGUCCAGGCAGAGCUCAUGCUCAGGUACCAACAGUUGCAGUCCCGCCUCGCCAUGCUCAAAAUCGAGAAUGAAGAGGUUAAGAAAACGACUGAAGCCACCUUGCAGACGAUACAAGAUAUGGUCACCAUCGAGGACUAUGAUGUUUCUGAAUGCUUCCAGCACAGUCGCUCCACAGAAUCUGUGAAGUCCACUGUCUCUGAAACCUACCUGAGUAAACCCAGCAUCGCCAAGAGAAGAGCCAACCAGCAGGAAACCGAACAAUUCUACUUCAUGAAACUCAGAGAAUAUUUGGAAGGCAGUAAUCUCAUCACGAAACUUCAAGCCAAACAUGACUUGCUUCAGAGGACUCUGGGAGAAGGUCAUAGAGCUGAAUAUAUGACUACAAGGCCUCCAAAUGUUCCCCCUAAGCCCCAGAAACACAGGAAGUCCAGGCCCCGCUCACAGUAUAAUACUAAGUUGUUUAAUGGGGAUUUGGAAACAUUCGUCAAGGACUCAGGACAGGUUAUUCCCCUCAUUGUGGAAAGCUGUAUUCGGUUCAUCAAUCUCUAUGGUCUUCAGCAUCAGGGGAUUUUCAGAGUGUCUGGUUCCCAGGUGGAAGUCAAUGAUAUUAAAAAUUCAUUUGAGAGAGGUGAAAAUCCUUUGGCUGAUGACCAGAGUAACCAUGAUAUUAACUCAGUUGCUGGCGUUCUGAAGCUCUAUUUCCGUGGGCUGGAAAACCCCCUCUUUCCUAAGGAAAGAUUUAAUGAUCUGAUUUCUUGUAUCAGAAUAGAUAAUCUCUAUGAGAGGGCGCUUCACAUCCGCAAACUCCUCCUGACUUUGCCCAGGUCGGUCCUUAUAGUGAUGAGAUACCUCUUUGCCUUCCUCAAUCAUCUAUCACAGUACAGCGAUGAGAAUAUGAUGGACCCUUAUAACCUGGCCAUUUGCUUUGGCCCAACAUUGAUGCCUGUCCCAGAAAUACAGGAUCAAGUGUCUUGCCAAGCACAUGUGAAUGAAAUUAUCAAAACCAUCAUCAUCCACCAUGAGACUAUUUUCCCAGAUGCUAAAGAGCUGGACGGCCCUGUUUAUGAGAAAUGUAUGGCUGGAGAUGACUAUUGCGACAGCCCAUACAGUGAGCACGGUACAUUGGAGGAAGUGGACCAAGAUGCUGGUACAGAGCCCCACACAAGCGAAGAUGAAUGUGAGCCAAUAGAAGCAAUAGCCAAGUUUGACUAUGUUGGGCGGUCCGCCAGAGAACUAUCCUUCAAGAAGGGUGCCUCCCUGCUGCUGUAUCACCGUGCAUCUGAGGACUGGUGGGAAGGCAGGCACAACGGGAUUGACGGGCUGGUGCCUCACCAGUAUAUAGUGGUGCAGGAUAUGGAUGAUACAUUUUCAGACACUCUGAGCCAAAAAGCCGACAGUGAGGCCAGCAGUGGGCCAGUCACAGAAGACAAGUCCUCAUCCAAGGACAUGAACUCUCCGACAGAUCGUCAUCCUGAUGGCUAUUUAGCCAGGCAAAGAAAAAGAGGAGAGCCACCCCCUCCAGUAAGGCGUCCUGGCAGGACCAGUGAUGGCCAUUGCCCACUCCACCCUCCACAUGCCCUUUCCAACUCCUCAGUUGACCUGGGGUCCCCCAGCCUCGCCAGUCACCCCCGGGGCCUGCUGCAGAACCGUGGCCUCAACAAUGACAGUCCUGAGCGGAGGCGCAGGCCUGGCCAUGGCAGCCUAACCAACAUCAGCCGGCACGACUCCCUCAAGAAGAUUGACAGCCCUCCCAUUAGAAGGUCCACAUCAUCAGGGCAAUACACAGGCUUCAAUGACCACAAGCCACUGGACCCAGAGACAAUUGCUCAGGAUAUUGAAGAAACAAUGAACACAGCUUUGAAUGAACUCCGAGAACUGGAGAGACAGAGCACAGCAAAGCAUGCCCCUGAUGUGGUGCUGGAUACCCUGGAGCAAGUGAAAAACUCUCCCACCCCUGCCACUUCCACGGAAUCUCUCAGCCCUUUGCACAACGUUGCCCUCAGGAGCUCCGAGCCUCAGAUUCGACGUAGCACUAGCUCCUCCAGUGACACAAUGAGUACUUUCAAGCCUAUGGUGGCACCCAGAAUGGGUGUGCAGCUGAAGCCUCCAGCCCUUAGGCCAAAACCUGCUGUUCUUCCAAAAACAAAUCCUACCAUAGGACCUGCCCCGCCUCCCCAGGGUCCAACAGACAAGUCUUGCACGAUGUAAAAACCAGCCAAGCAAGGCCAUAAAGGGAGGUGACUUUAAAAAAAAAA